AUGGGGACUACCCGUGGGUACUAUGCCAAGAAAGUACCCAUGGGUGUACCCACGGGUAUACCCACGGGUACAUUCUUGGCAUUUACGUCAUUUCCUUUAUCUCAAUUGGCGGAAAGACAGGAGAACUACCCGUGGGCUACCUGCUCCUGCCAUUAUGACUGUUUCUUUCUGCAUCAAAUGUCCAUGAUAUGGAGCGAAACCAGAAGAAAACAGUCACUCAUUAUAGAUAUUGGAGUGGGAGACAAAAGAAUCCUUAGGGGUGAAACUGCUUUAGCCACCAACGGUACACCUGGUUGCGAAAUUACGCAACCUGGAUGCCUCUUUUGUUCCAGCUCUGAGAUGGUCAGAACAGAAACAGUCAUAAAUGCCAUCUUACAAGCCCAAGAGUCCAUCAGUCAGUACUGUAUAUGUUUGGUUGCAUUUUUGGAACAAAUUUACUCCAUCUCGGCAUGUUUAGCUGCGGAUCGUGGCUUGUCCACGAAUAUGGUCUCUAUUCAUUUAUGCUACAGACCGAACGCAAUGAACAAGCGCAGAAAGGCUAGCGAAGCCGCCGAGUCUCGAUUAAGGAAAUUGCCUAAGAAUCUUUCCAUCCUCCCGUCCAAUUCCGCAUGCCCUGAGGAUAUUUCGUUCAAGCAACAUGAAGUCGAUAUUUGGGAUCGUUAUACUUCGGUGACGCCAAUUAAGAACGGGUAUCAUUAUGCAAUGAUGAAGGAUUAUCCUUUCUCCUCCGUUCUUGUCAAGGAGACAUGCUCCUCAUCAGAGAGGGUCUUCCAAUUAAGAUCGGCACCUCACCGUAAUCUUUUACAUCUGCAGCAUAUCUACACCAAAGAAAAGUCUAUAUUCAUGGUCUAUGAGAUGAGUGUUGCUUCGUUAAAAGAUAUUCUGGGCUUUCGGCCUUAUUGGGACCUCGCCGACACCGCAGCAGUCUGUCACGGUAUAUUGUGUGCUCUGAAAUACAUGCAUGGACCACUGGGUAUAUCACAUGGUAAUCUAUCCCUGGACACUAUUCGUCUACACUGGACAGGUACAAUCAAGAUUGCAAAUAUCGGAGACUGCUUACUCCAGUCUGACCAGGAAUAUACUAAAGAUAUCGAAGCUUUUGAGUCCAUAGUGGGAAGGCUCAUUGAGGGUCAUGAAUCUGACGAUGCUGAACUAAAAGACUUUCGUCAAGCUCUACAUAACAAGCAGCCUGCAUCCGCUCUUCUUCAGCACAAGUUCCUGCGGAAGUCGAAUGGGGAGCAGCAACUGCAACGCAGCGUUGAAACAUGGUUGUCAACUAGAAUCCCAUUUCCCCGUUUCUCUUAG